ACAUCCGUAAACUAGUUUAAAAAAAAGAACAAAACUGUAAACGUGUUGGGUGGUCCAUUUUCCACUUACCAACCCCAUUGAUUACCGGUUUAUGAGAUUUCAUGGAAUGUCCCUCCUUCACCCAAUCACAUAAUGCCAACUUCAUUUUGAUCAAAGAAAUGGAAAAAAGAAAACGUAAUGUUUCAUAACCUUGGAUUUGAUCCAUGUGAGCACCAGAUCCCAGAUCUUUCCUUUUAGUAAUGAAUCCUAUAGAUGUUGUUUGUUAGGAUCUAAUUUUAGCUUUUUUUGUCCCCCUUUGUUUCAUUACUAAAAAUUCUCGAAUCUCCAGAGGAAAUUUCUUUUUUUUUUCUUUAUUAAGAACAAGAAAGAGAAAGAAAAAAGCCAAAACCAUCAGUGUCUUCUUUAAUGCUCUCAACAUAGUUUUAAGUUAAAAAACUACUUUCAAGGUAAAGUCUUCUUCUUUUUCUUCAUUAAGAAUUUUUUAGCGAUCUGGGGUUUCGUUUUUUGGCUUAGAUUUUGUGUUUUGUUUAUCUUUAUAUCAAUUUCUAUCCACGUUUAAAAUUCUGGGUAUUUGUGGGUUUUGCUUCUCAUCGACAUCCUCUUUGCAUAGUGUUCUUGCCCUCAAUAUGAUCAAUGAUGGUAGUUUAGAAGGAAAUGGUUGCUCAACCUAAAGCAAAUGGAAACCAAUGGUACUAAUCACCAUUCCCGUGAAAAUCGCCCUUCAACGGGUUCAAAUAAUGCUAACAGAGGUCAAUCCACUGAGAAGGAGGUUUUUGUUAACCAGGCUCAAAUGACUUGGCAUGAGGUUAGAAGACAGUGGGCCGGGGAUCAGUCUCAAAAAUCAAAAAGAAUGCCCCGGGAACCAAUAAUGAGCUGGACCACAACUUAUGAAGAUUUGCUUUGUUCGACCGAACGAUUUCAACAGGCUAUUCCAUUAGCUGAGAUGGUGGAUUUUUUAGUUGAUACCUGGCAUGAGGAAGGCCUCUAUGACUAGAAACUUGGGAGAAAUCAUUUUGGUUUGCAGAUUGACCAAAAUAGGCUGUACCCAUUUUCACUUUCAAAUUGAUCGAAUGAUAGAUUAUGUUAGUAGCUUGUUCUUGAUGGUGUUGGAGUUGAACAACACAUUGUGGGGUUUUAGCUCAUGUAUUUGACUACUCUCCUCGAUUAUAAUCUCCUCGUUUGAUAAAA